AUGACGAAUACGGGAACAUGGAUUGCCGCAUCGCUCUUUCAAUCAGUGUCAACCCGUACAUGUGGUUUCCAGACUUUUCAAGUCCCCAAGUUGGCCCCAGCUGAGCAAUUGACGCAAAUUAUUAUGAUGUAUAUUGCCGCAUUCCCCAUUAUGUUGACUAUGCGCACAACAAAUGUGUAUGAAGACCAGAGUUUAUUUGCCCAAGAACCAUCUGCUGAGGACGAAGAGGAGAUUGUCUCGUCUAAAGGCCAAGUUGUUUGGGGCCGUUUCCUUUCGUCUCACAUUCGUCACCAAUUAGCCUAUGAUUUAUGGUGGCUGGUUGUGGCCUUAUGGAUUGUUUUGAUGGCGGACCGUGGCCGUAUUACGUCGCUGGACAAUCCCAACCUGACGGUGUUUGGUGUGAUUUACGAAAUCAUUUCCGCUUAUGGCAAUGUCGGCAUGAGUUUUGGCUCUGCUACGAAGGCUGCGUCGCUCAGUGGUGAUUUUAGUGUUUUGUCCAAGCUAGUGAUUAUUGGAUUGAUGUACCGUGGCCGUCACCGUGGACUACCAAAUGCCAUUGAUCGCUCUGUCAUGUUACCGCAUAGGAUGGAACGCUACGAUGAAGAAACGACACGCCGUCAAAACUCACUUCUUGCUCAAGAUAUGCAUAAUCGGACGAUGAGUUUGCCCCGUGCACCUACGCAUACGUCGCUACGCCGUCCUGAUCCUCACGCUGCCAAACUACACACAAUGUAUCAAUGCCAACAAAAUGGUCUUGGUAGUAUGGAGAGAGAAGGUAUCCAUAGCCACGGUACUGAGAUCUAA